AUGUCUAAAUUUGAAACGAAUAGUUAUUCUUUGGAUAUGUUUGCUGUUGCUACUUCCAGUGGUUUGCAAAUAAACCAACAGCAACAACAACAUUUCACUAUUGAGAUACAACAACAACAACAACCUCAAGAGGAAGAAGAAGAACAACAGGAAGCUGAGGAGGAGGAGGAAGAGGAAAUGGAUGGGGCAUCACCAACUGUUGUUGUAUCAACUCAACAACAAGAGCAACAACAACAACAACAAAUACAAAAUAGUAAACUAGUUGAGGAAACUACUUCUUUCUUUACCGCUUCUGAAGACAUCCAAAUUAAACAUUCAAACCCAAAUCAAAAUCAAAAUCAAAAUAAGAAUUAUAAAAAUAGUCAUCGUCAAGCCAACAACAAUAUUAAUAACAAUAAUAAUAAUAAUAAUAAUAAUAACAAUAGCAAUAAAAAACCUACAAACAACAAUAGCAGCAGCAGUAGAGGCAACAACAACAAUAGCAAUAAUAAUAAUAGUAAUAAUAAUAAUAGCAACAGUAAAUGGAAAAACGAUAUUAAAACCAAACAGCAACAGCAACAACAACAACAACAUUCAACUUUGAUUGAUAAUGAAAAAUUGGUAAAAGAGGAAAGUCCAAAGUUUGUAGAAAAAGAAAUUUCUUUACCACAGGAAGAAAUCAUACAACAAGAAAAAGUUGAUAGUGAAGAACAAGAACUACGAGAGAAGAUGUCUAUAAGCGAGUGGAAGAGAGAACUAAAUAAACAAUUGGCAGCAAAUCAACUUAGUUUCGUACCGAAUUCACCUGGUCUUGUAUACACUAUAAGUAAUAACAUUAAUAGUAAUAGUAAUAAUAGUAGUAGUAGUAAUAGUAAUAAGCCUACAAGAGCACUACCAUCAUCACCCAAACCACAACCAACCGUAGUAACAUCGGCGGCAACAACAGCAACAUCGGCAUCAUCAACACCAUCGGCAUCAACAUCAAUUUCACAAAGUUCAUCACUUAAACAACCAUCAUCACCUAUUUUGACACCAAGUUCACCUUCACUAGCACAGGAAACCAACUCUGUCAGCAGUCCAUCGGUUUCCUCAAGAAAAGCUACACCCAAGCCAGUUUCAGUGCAUCUCAAGAAUUUCAGAACUAAACCACUACCGAUGACACCACCACAAACACCACCACAAUUGCCACCAAGACUCUAUCAACAACAGCAACAACAACAACAAACACCACCACCACCUGUACAGCAAAAUCAUAUUCACCCACAAACCCCAAAUUCACCAAUGUUUGAAAAUCUCAGUAACAGUAGUGAGUUUUCAACAGGCAACCAUUUUGAAAAUGAACUCAACAGUAGUAGUACUACAGCAAUUCAUCCAACAACGUUGGCACCUGUUCCAAAGUUGGAUUUGAACGUUGCACUUAGCAGCAGCAGCAGCAGUAGUAGUAACCACCAUCACCACCUCGAGAGUAGUAGUAGCGAAGUUGUAUCGCCACUGGAACAAAGCGUCGAUGAAGCUCACCACAGUUUUAUCCCAUCGAAAUCGAUACCCUCAGAGAUCUCACUACUCUUGCUAUUUUUAAUAAACAAUACAACUCAAUCUGCACCAUCAUCACCAACCAUUUCCAGUAACAGUGGAAAUCAUAAUAACAACACUACAACCACCACUACCAACUCAAAUGGUUCUCCGGCUUCUAAACUUCACUCUUCCGGUGAGAGAAGUCGUCCACAAAGUACACAAAUUAAAAAUCUUCUAUGGAGAUCAACUCCUAAUAUUUCACAAAUCUCAUCUCAGAACACACCACCUUCGUCACCUCUUAGUCAACAACAGCCACUUCAAAACUCAUCGUCAUCGUCAUCAUCACCUUUGUCACAACAACUUCAACAACUUCAACUCCAACAUCAACAACAACAAUCUAAAAUCGAAAAGAUCUUUAAAUUUUCACCAUGUUCAACUGUAGAUGAGGUACUUUCUCUGGUUAUUCCUAAUCUGGUGCAUCACAAAGGUCUGCAAAAAGCAAAGCAUACCAGCAACGACGAAUGGGAGCCAACUGAUGUGAUCUCCGAUGGCGGACCACAGCCAGCGAGUGGAGAACAUCACUACAGCUUUGCUCUGUUCCGUCGUGACAAUCCGCUCGUCCCACUGCACAAGGAGAAGACACUGCUCGAGCUCGGUCUACACGAGAUGGAGACACUCGAACUCAAGACGAUUGUCUUGAGCAUCCAAUUCGUAAAGAUUCACAUUCCCUGUUUCUCCGAGGAUCAACACCCAGCCAACACCACCCUGAAGCUAACGCAAUUCACUUCGAUUCGCUCGAUCAUUCGUAAGCUCUACCUCAAAUUCCACACAUCGAUCGAUGUCUCACAGUAUGGUAUCUUCUUACAACGUUCGGGCGGCGUCGUCGAUCCAUCACAACAAGAGAUUCUACUGGACGAAGAUGAGUUGUUCUCUACUUAUCACAUCAACAGUCAGUCGGUUCUCAUCUUUAGAAACCUAUCUUCGCUCACCGAUACACUGAUUCUCGAAUCAAAGUCGUUGCAUCUUCGUUUCUUGGUGACAACUGCCAACUCCAGACGUAACCACCUCGAGCUUGCAUUCGAUCCAAAUACACCGGUGUCAAGAGCGAUCAAAAUGACUGGAUUACGAGCAGGUCUACUUGAUAGUGUAAACAAAUGUGGAUUCUAUCUAACGCCUUCAGAGGAUGACGACGAUGGUUUCUGGAUGGAUGAAGAUCAACUUUUAGAUUCAUAUCAUCUUCAAAAUCAAACAACAUUAGAGUUUAAACAAAGAUGUAGAAAAUAUACUGUAAUUAUAAAACCAGGAGAUAGAAAAGUUAUAUUCAAAUUUGAUCAAUACACAACCGUUCAAUCGUUGUUCAAUAUGUUGGUAUUCAACGAAGGAAUAGCCAAUGUAAAAGACUAUUGCUUGACAUUCAAGGAUAGUACUACGAUAUUAGAUAUGAAUCGUUAUCUUUGGUCAUAUGAUCUUGAUAAGGAAAUCGAAUUUAAAGAGAAUGCAAACAGAUUGUAUAUAUUUGGAAAAGAUGGAGAACAGAAUUUAGUGUUUGUAGAUUUCAACGAUCCUAUCGAAGAUGUUUGCAAGAGAUUAUCUAAUCAUCUUGGUUUCAGAAGAGAACGUGCCUACACCAUCAAGAGACUGGGUGACGCCGAGAACGACUUGGAUACCAAACUCUCUUUGAAACAACAUGGUGUUCAACCAAAUGAUCGUGUUGUAAUUGAAGUUCAACAUACUUCAUCAUCACAACAACAACAAUCAAAUCAACAACAACAAUCAAAUCAACAACAACAAGUAAAUCAACAAAAUAAUCAACAAACUAAUCAACAAAAUAACACAAAGAUUAGCGAAUCACCAAGUUCUUCUGUUGGUUCAACUAGUUCACUGGCAUCGUUGGCAGCGUUGGGUGAUCAAUUGGAUGAGCGAAACAAUGUAAAUAUUUGGGAAGAGCCACCUGAUUCACCUAUGAAUAUCGUUUAUUCAAAGACAAAGUCAUCCGAUGAUCCCUAUCCACCUAUCGAUGCCGGUACUCUCAACAAGCUGAUCAUUCGUCUCACCUCUGAGAAUACACACGAUCUCAUGUUUAUGAAAGCACUGCUUAUGACCUACUCUUCGUAUACCUCUGCGCACGUGCUUCUCGCCAAGCUCUUUGAGCGAUUCAGAGUGCCGAACGACGCCGAUAUCGACGAGCGUGAGAAACAAUCGAUUCAACUGCGUGUUGCCAACGUCAUCAAGUACUGGGUGGAACACCACUACGAAGACUUUGGAUUCUCUACCACGAAACUCAUGGUUGACUUUGUCGAUACUCACAUGAUGCAAGCAUUCCCACAGCUCGGUAAUCAAAUUCGUGGAUGUAUCCUCAAGAGAACAUGCGGAAUCAAAGGUGAACUAGCUAGAACAAGAUCGAACGGUACAUUAACAUCACCAAGACCUGUACAACUAAUUAAUAGCAAUAACAAUAACAAUAGCAAUAGUUUAUCAAAUAGUAUUAAUAAUAAUAAUAGUAGUAGUAAUAAUUUACAUAAUAGUAUUAAUAAUAGUAAUGGUACACCAUUAUCUUUAAGUAGUAGUAAUAAUAAUCUUAGAUCGUCAACGCCGAGUAAGAAGAUUAAGAAACCAAAUGGUCAUAAUAGUGUGAGUGUUGGUGUUUCAGGAUCACCGAUGUCAUCCAGUCCAAGAAAGAAACCAGAGAUCAAGAGUAAAGGCAUUAAGAAUGCUAGAUCGAUAUUCGACUUUGACGACGAAGAGAUUGCCAGACAGCUGACACUCUUUGAUUUUAUGCUCUACAGUACUAUCAGACAAACAGAGUUUUUGAAUCAAGCUUGGAACAAACCUGCCAUUGCAUCACGUAGAUCACCAACCAUUCUUCAGAUGAUCAAUAGAUUCAAUGAAGUUGGUCUCUGGGUUGUAAAACUCAUUCUCGAACCAGAGAGAGUGAAGACACGUGCUAAACGUAUGGAAAGAAUCAUAAAGAUUGCAGAGGUAAAUAAUAAUAAUAACAACUAUCUUUAG